GAAAGAAGGUCCUGCAAGAUGUGACGUUGAUGGUCCCUUCCUUGGUUGUUUUAGGAGGUUCGGCAUCUUGAAGGGCGCUUUGGAGAGUGCUUGAAGGAAACUGCUGGUUUCGGGAGACGGAAACAACAGCUGACCUGAGGGCGCCGACCUGACCUUUUAUAUCACGCUACAGCGUUGCCAUGUCGUACAGGGUUGUAAAUGUGUUAAUCGGUUUCGCCGUAGGCUACAGCGCAAUGAGGAGGCCCGCGUGCUUCGCCAUUGAAAGAAAACAACGACGGCGAACGAUGCUGGUGACCCUAGCGCUUACCCCGCAGCAGUAACCGUGGCUCCCACGUGCAAUGCCUGGAGCUACGUCAGGUGACAUUUGGCGUGACCACCCACGACUUGUUUUGAACAUUUCAAAACUGGAGUGGGCUACGGCGACCUAGUGGGCGGAGCUUAGCGACCGGACGACCCGUCACCGUACAUCUACGAUUUUACGUGUGUUUUACGUUACAUUUACGGUUUACUGACGUAAGCUGUUGCCAACUACCAAUUUCCGCUCAUGCAUGGGCGUGCGUGCGUUGAUACGUGAAUGUGUGACCUUAGCAUAAUUCAAGAACUAGAAAAAGUGUAGAGAAGAAUGCAGACACAACCUCACUUCAUAUCCAAAAAAGUAAAUGCAGUAAUAUUUCAAUUCUGGUUUCAUUCAGCUGCUUUGGUAACACGACUCUUAGAUGGGAACAAUAUCUUAGAGAAACAGAGAAUCUGGUAAAUUUCUUUAUUAUUUUUUACUAAUUAAUCCACUUUAAGCGUAUAGCUUAUGUGAUUCACACUUUCUUCAAUGUAAAGAUAAUCAUACAUACCAUCGUUAUCCAUUGUUUUGAUUUCUGUUUGGUCCAGCUACAAAUUACUCUUGAUUUCCCCAUCUUGUUUCAUGAAACAUGCUUUUGAUCAUCAGAUAUAAUUUUGCAUGCCCUUUAUUCUUGGCCAAUUUCAUGAAGGAUGACUUUCACUAAGUGAUAGGAAUUCUGCAGUAUUCACUCCUGUGUCAUCAUCAUCAUACUAGUUUAUAUUUUGAAGCUCAUCUUCAACUUAACCUUUCUCCAAAUUGUACAUUUUAGAUAUGAACAAAUAUUAUGAGACCUGGGAUUUCACUCAUUGGUCUUUUAAACUACUCGGUAUUUUGAGAAUGUUUUGCAUAUUUCACCUAAACACAUACUAGAUGAUAUAGCCAACUGAGAGUUAAGGCCUGUCCACACGAGCGGGCCUGAUCGUCGUGCUUUGGGGUUGACGGGCAAAUUCUGGCGGGCUUUCACAUGAAUGUUGUCCACACAGGUGAGGCGAGGAGAGGUGGGCGUGCCCGACGAUGCCAGUAGUGUGUUCAGUCACAGCCACCUCAUUGCGGUACAAUAACCAUGGUGGCUACCGCAAAGAGGAAGAUAUUGUGUAGCAUCAUAAUUGCUUUGUGUCUAAUGAAAAAGAAAAAAAAGAAGAGAAUAUGGUGCAAAGAAUGGCUCACUAAAAGACAUGUAUAUGGCAGCCACACAACCAUACUACAGGAACUACAAGAUGGCCAUGAAAAAGAUUUCAGAGACUAUUUGAGAAUGAGUGUAAGCACGUUUUAUACUUUACUAGGAAAGCUGGAGUCAUACAUUAUGAAAAAAGACACACACAUGAGACAGCGUAUAACAACAGGAGGUCGUCUGGAGGCAACGCUAAGAUUUUUGGCAACAGGAUGUACGUAUUCAGCACUGCAGUAUUCUACACGUAUAUCCAAACAAAGCUUGUCACGCAUAAUCCCAGAAACAUGUCGGGCCAUAUAUGAGGUACUAAAGGAUGACUACUUGCAGACACCUACCACACCAGACGAGUGGAUGCGUGUGGCACGUGGGUUCGAAACACGGUGGAACUUCCCCAACUGUAUUGGAGCCAUUGAUGGAAAGCAUAUCCUAAUAACGCCUCCACAGGGCAGUGGUUCAUAUUACUAUAAUUAUAAAUUUACCCACAGCAUUGUACUCAUGGCCAUAACUGAUGCCAAUUGUGAGUUUCUUUAUGUUGAUAUUGGCUGCAAUGGGCGGGUGUCAGACGGCGGUGUGUGGGACAAUACACAUAUCAGUAGUUGUAUUGCCACAGAAGCAUCAGGUCUCCCUAGUGACAGAAAGCCCAAAGGAAGUGAGAGGAGGCUACCGUGUGUGUUUGUGGCAGACAACGCCUUCCCCUUGCAACGGCACAUUAUGAAACCGUUCUCACACCGAACUCAAAGUAAUAGGGAACGCAAUUUUUCCUAUCGGUUAUCUAGGGCUUGACGUACAGUUGAGAAUGCUUUUGGGAUAUUGGCCAACCGAUUUAGAGUUUUCCUGUCAACUAUAUACUUGUCGCCAAGCAAAGUUGAAAUGAUGGUGUUAGCAUGCACUGCUUUGCAUAAUUUUCUCAGACGUGACCAUGUCACACAAUAUACGCCUGAAGGGUCUUUGGAUUCUGAAGACAUUGCAAGGUGUACAAUUAUCCCUGGUGGUUGGCGUGAAACUCCCCACUUGUUACGAUUGCAAAGAACAGGAGGCAAUACAAGUACAGCCGGCCAAACUGUACGCCAUGAAUUUAUGGAGUAUUUCAAUGAUGAAGGUGCUGUGCCAUGGCAAUACAAAGCUAUACAAAUCCAAUAAUUAGAUACCAUUCCAUAUUCCUGGAAUGUAUUACUUAUCAAUGUCUCAGUACAUUUGGUGCAUACUGUAGGUUUCAUGUAUCACUUUUCCUUAUUAUCAGUGUGUCAGUUCAGCUUCAAAAAACAAAUUUAAGGAUGAUAGGUACUGUGUUAUAAACUGUAUAUGCAGAGGUUUCGAUUAU